AUUUCACUAUAGGAAUUUAGGAAUGGAGAUUAUGUAUUGGUUAGUUGAACAAUAAUGUGUUUUUGUAUUUUCAAUUAUUCUUUGCUGCUUUGAUUUUAACUCAGCCCAAAAAAGCAGCUUGCUGUUUCAUCUCUGUGGGGAUUCAAGAUUCUUGAUUCCAAAACCUCUGUAAAAGUUUCAAUCUUUAUUCAUAUUGUUGGGAGAGGAAAGAAAUUGUGGGGCUUUCUUGAAAGUUGAAAGGAUGGGAAUAACAAGGCUAGAAGGCAUAUUUCUUUGGCAUUUGGUGUGUGUUUUCGCGAUAUCGGCUAAUGCAGUCGAUAUCAAUCUCUUGAACAUAUGGCCGAUGCCUAAAUCCGUGAGCUACGGACAUGGAAAUCUCCAUCUCAGCAAUGAGUUUGAGCUGAGGACCGAUGGAAGCAAGUUUGCUGAUGCUUCCUCGAUUCUCAAGGACGCGUUCAAAAGGUCUCUAGACCUCCUCAGAUCAACUCAUGAGCUCGAGUUUCACGCUUCCAAGAUUGACCCUUCGUUGUUGCUGAAAGGAAUUCAUGUAGUUGUUUCCUCACCUUCUGAUGAGUUGCAGCACGGAACUGAUGAGUCGUAUGAGCUGCACAUCCCGGCUAAGGGAAACCCACUUUAUGCACGUAUUGAGGCAAAAACUGUUUAUGGAGCUUUACAUGGACUGGAGACAUUUAGCCAAGUCUGUCACUACAACAUUUCAUCAAGAGGGAUUCAGGUCCAUCAAGUCCCAUGGACCAUCGUUGAUCAGCCGAGGUUCUCUUAUCGAGGCCUUUUAAUAGAUACUUCAAGGCACUAUUUGCCUGUUCCGGUUAUAAAGAAGGUCAUCGACUCAAUGGCUUAUGCCAAGCUAAACGUGCUGCAUUGGCAUAUUGUAGAUACGCAAUCCUUCCCACUCGAACUACCAUCGUAUCCGAAGCUUUGGGAUGGAGCAUAUUCCGUUCCAGAACGCUACACGUUUGCUGAUGGUGAAGAGAUUGUUAGUUAUGCCAAGAGACGAGGGAUCAACGUGUUGGCUGAAAUCGAUGUUCCUGGCCAUGCUGAAUCAUGGGGGGUGGGAUAUCCUGCAUUAUGGCCUUCAAAAGACUGCAAGCAGCCACUUGAUGUCAGCAACGAGUUCACCUUCAAACUGAUCGAUGGGAUUCUCUCAGAUUUCAACAAGAUCUUCAAGUACAAAUUCGUUCACUUGGGAGGAGAUGAAGUUAACACGAGUUGCUGGGAGACGACGCCUCAUGUCCAAAAAUGGCUGCAGAAAAACUGCAUGAAUGGAUCCGAGGCUUACGAGUAUUUUGUGCUGAGAGCGCAAAAAAUUGCACUUUCCCACGGAUACGACAUCAUAAACUGGGAAGAGACUUUCAACAGCUUUGGAAAAAAGUUGAGCCCCAAAACUGUGGUUCAUAACUGGCUAGGCAGUGGCGUUGCUCAGAACGCUGUUAAAGCAGGGCUUCGUUGCAUCGUGAGUAACCAAGACAAGUGGUAUUUGGACCAUUUGGAUGCAUUUUGGCAAGGUGUGUACUCGAACGAGCCACUCACGAAUAUCACGGAUCCUAAGGAGCAGGCCUUGGUUCUCGGAGGCGAGGUGUGUGCUUGGGCUGAGCAUAUCGAUGCAUCUAAUAUCGAGCAAACCAUCUGGCCACGAGCUGCAGCAGCCGCAGAGAGGCUAUGGACGCCGUACGACAAACUAGCCAAGGAUCCGGAGAAGAUCAAGAGCCGACUGUCGUAUUUCCGGUGUCUUCUGAAUCAAAGGGGAGUUGCUGCAGCUCCAUUGGAUGGAUAUGGGAGGGAAGCACCAAUAGAGCCUGGUUCUUGUUACUUGCAAUGAUACCUGGAAAAUUGACAUGUGAUUUGUAAAAUGAAUUAUAUCAAUAAUGAUUUUUAAGAUAAUAAAAUCAAAUUAAAUGUAAAAAUUUAAAAACUAA